AUGGCCAGCCAAAGGGUUUCGACGAACUUAGAAAAGGAAGUGACCUGCCGCAUCUGCCUGGACAUUCUGCAAUACCCUGUCAUCCUUGAGUGUGGGCACAACUUCUGCAAUUUUUGCAUCACUCCGCCUCAGGAAGGUUCUAGGUAUCACAUCAAAUGUCCCCUCUGCAAAGCUUAUAUGAAGGCCACAUAUGUGCCCAAAUGGCUGUUUGCACAUACGAAAGAGAAAUUUCGAGGUAUGGAUUCCUCAGAGAGGAAGCAGAAAGAAAAGGAGCUGAGAUGUCCAAAGCAUGGGGAGAAGCUGCACUAUGUCUGUGAAGCAGAUGGGCAAUUCCUCUGUGUGGUGUGUCAUGACUCGAAGGAGCACAAACUACAUGAAUCCAGACUGAUAGAAGAAGCUGUCGAGCAUCAUCAGGAGCAGAUCCAGUUUCAUGUGGCAAUCUUGGAGCAAAACGAGCAGGAACUGGUACACAUGAAGGCUCAAGUUGACAAGAAGACCAAUCACUUCCUGGCCCAGGUGCAUGUUGAGAAACAACGGAUCCACACGGAAUUCACGCACCUGCAGCAGGUGCUGGAGGAGAAUAAGAACUUUCUCCUAUCCAACAUCGAGCAGCAGGCUCAGCAUGGAGUCAAGGAGUGUGAGCACUACAACGCUGCCACCCAGGCACUGCUCACCUCACUCAAGGAUCUCAAGGAUUCCCUGAAGGCCAAGGAGCAGAUGCUACCCAGACAGCUGCUGCAGGACAUCAAAGGCAUCUUGCACAGGAGUGAAGAGUUUCAGGUUCAGCUUCACAGCAAAACCCCAAUUCCUCUGGACCUUGAUCAACAACUCAAUGAAGCAAAGUCCAGACAUGACUCUGUGAUUGACACCCUGAGGAAAUGUGGAGAGCAGCUCCAGGCUAACAGGCAGAAACACCAAGGCAAAACCCUCCAAGACAAGAGUACAACCCACAGGCAGAGCGCCCCUGUGAUCUUCGAUGUUGACUCGGCCCACCCUGACCUCAGCUUUUCCCAGGAUCUGAAAACGGUGACAAUGAAUGUGAUCUCUUGGAACUACUGGAUAUUUCCAGUAGGGCAGCAGCGCUUCUACCCAUUCCCUUGCGUUCUGGGCUCUCCAGGCUUCUCCACUGGCAGACAUACCUGGGAGGUGGAGCUCAGUGGGCCAAGGGGUCCAGCCGGCGUCGUGGGCGUGGCUUGGGAACAAGUGCAAAGGCAGGGCAGCCUGACCUUCGAGCCCACAAGUGGCUUCUGGGUUCUGCGCAUCACCAGAUUCCAGUGCCAGGCAAUCACUGGGAGAGAUUCGUGGGAGGACCUCCCAAUCUGCUCCAGGAAACUGGGUGUCUGCGUGGAUCUCGAGGGCAAGGAGGUCACCUUCUAUGAUGCGGCCACGAAGAAUCACAUCUACACUUUCCAGGCCUCCUUCCCAGGAAAGAUUUUUCCCUUUUUCAAGCUGCUAUUACCUGACACCCAUAUUGCCCUGAGCCCUUAG